AUGGGAGAAUAUACUAGAAAACAACUGAAAAAUAAAUGGGAUUCCCUCAAAGAUCAUUGGAAAUUAUUGAAAGAAUUGAUGGGGAAAGAGACCGGUCUUGGGUGGGAUCACAGGCGUCAAACUAUAGAUGCAUCCGAUGAGUGGUGGCAUAUCAAGAUUGAGAAAAACAAGGAAUAUGGAAAGUUAAAGAAAAAGGGAAUUGCACCCAAUUUUGAAGACAAGUUGGAUAAGAUGUUCAUGGGUAUUUCAGCCACUGGUGAGCAUGCAUAUGCAAUACCUAUCCCUAGAAGUUCACAGCAAGGUGACAAUGAGGUGAACCUUGAAGGUAGUGGUGACUUUGAGGACAAUGAUGAUUUGGCCCCCACUUUGCCUAAAAGAAAAAGAAAUGAGAAAGUUGAGAAAGGUAAAGGAGUAGUACCAAAAAAAGAAAAGGUGGGAGGUGCUGCUCAUUUGGCUAAACAAAUUAAUCGAAUGUGUGAGGCAAUUGAGAGUAGAAUCACAUCAACUUCCAUGAUCAAUAAAAGUGUAGAAGAAGGUGGAGGCACCAGUAUUAAGGAAGUGAUGAAGGAUGUCACCUCAUUGCCUAGAGCCGAGCAGAGUACUAGGUUGUGGUUUUUUGCCACUCGACUGUUUUUAAGUCCAGAGAAGAGAGAGAUGUAUUGCACUAUGGAAGAGCCUAACUUGAAGUUGGAGUGGCUGAAAUUUGAGAUGAACGAAAAAUAA